AUGUUUUUUAUUGAUCAAUUAAAUCUAUUAUUUUUAUUCAUUAAUAUUAUUUUACGAUGUUUUGCUGGUACAUCUCCACGUGGUACUAGAAAAGAAGUUAAUCAAGCUCUUGCUACUGGUAUACGUUCAUUGAAUCUCGAUAGUGAUGAUGAAGAAGAUAAGAAUGAACAUGGAUCAGCACAUCUGCCUUCAUUAACACGAGUUGAUGAAACUUUUAGUGAUGAUGAAGAUGAAGGACACGGUGCUAGUAGUACGGAUACGAGUAGUAGAUUAUCAGCAAAAGUGUCAUUCUAUAGACCACCAAAGCAAUUUACACUUAGUGAAUCUGAAAGUGAUGAUGAAUCAAGUUUUCGACGUGAACAAAUCUCUGGAACAUCAGGGCUUGGUUCGGAUUCUCCAUCAAUUGAUCAAUCGGAUAGUGAUCGAAGUCGACUUUUAUUUGAUCAAAGUAUUGAAGGUAGAGAUCCUGGUACUUUAGUGGGUCUUGAAUCACCUAUUGGACCGAAAAUUGCUGGUGGUACACCAACACUUGGUCUUUCUAUUGAUCGUUCAAAAAUAUAUUCUCGACAUAAUUGGAAAAAGUUUCAGAAUGAACCAAGAUUUCUCGCUUCGAGUCCUGGAGAUCGUCAAUCACCAAAAAGAUUCUUCGUUCCUGAAACUCCAAGUUAUGGAUCUGUUUCUUUCGAUGAUUUUUUGUCACCGCCACCACGCACUGGUCCACUUGGUUCUGAUCCAGUUGCAUCCUUAAAUGAACUUUAUUAUUCUCCAACAGGUGUUUUUAAUCUUGACAAAAAUUUAUGGUCACAAGAAGAUCGUCGUUAUAUAAAAGCUCCAAAACCUCCAUUAGCUCCCGGAAGUCAUCCAAUCGGUAUUAUGUCAGUAAAAGGUCGAGAAAUACCAAGAGAAUUUCUUCAAGUUGUUGAAUUUGGUCGAAAAAAUAAUAAUAAAGCAUUAAGCAAUAUGAUAUGGAAAAAAACAUUUAUAUCUGGUAAUUCUGCAACUGUUUAUGGUAUUGAAUUAAAUGGUGAAAAUUUAAUUCUUAAAAUUACUAAACAUAAUUAUAUUGGUGGUUCACAUAGUAAUGAAAUCCCACAAUGUGUUCGUGAAGAUGACAUUGAAUCAUUACAUAGAGCUGAUAAUCCUUGUAAUCAUAAACCAGAAAAUGGUCUUAUUCAAAAAUCUUCGUGUUCAGCUGAUCCUAAGUUAGUUCCAUUUGAAUAUUAUAUUGCAGAAAAAGUUGCUCUUACACGUGGUUUAAUGCCAGCUGCAGCGAGUAUACCAAAUACAUUUGCAAAAGAUAAAAAUGAAUGGUAUUUAAUAUUUGAAGAAUUACCUGGUAUAUCACCAUUAAAAUACGGUGAAAAUAUAUUAGAACGUCUUGCUAAACCAUUAAUUCGACAACAAUUAGAAGCAUUGAAACAAAUUGCUCAAUGCCAUAUAAUGCAUCUUGAUGCUCAUUGGGGAAAUAUAUUAUAUUCUCCUGAACGUGGUAUACAAUUAAUUGAUUUUGGAAUUGCAACACUUGUGGAUCGAUUUGAAUUACCUGAUUCGAAAGCAACAUUAAUAAUAACAUUUACUUUUGAUCGAUGUUUAGAUUGUGAAGCAUCCAAAUUAGGACGAGAUUUUCAACAAUUAAUUAAAAAUAAUUAUCCUAUUGAUGGUCAUACUCUUCUUACUCAUCCAUGGUUACAAUAUUAA